AUGGCUUCUCUAAACUUAAACAAAAAUCAAGAACUCAUGCAGAAAAAUGCCAAAAAGCACCCUGAUGAUCCCCUUGAAGAAUCUGACAAAGACUGGACACUUCCUUCUCGUUCCAACAAUAAAAAGAAACGGACAACUGAACAGUCAGCAAAGAAGGGUGCUAGUGUGAAUGCAAAGAGCUUUCAAAGGUUAUGGAACGAGGAAGAUGAAAUAGUUAUCCUCGAAGGAAUGAUUGAUUAUGAAUCCAAAAAGAAUGCCAGCCCCACAACAAAUUAUGAUGCUUUUUACACUUUUAUCAAGGACAAAUUGCAAGCCGAAGUGAACAUAAAUCAACUGAAAGAAAAAAUUAGGAGAAUUAAAAGAAAAUAUAUGAAUAAUAUUGGCAAAAGGAGCUUUGCGAAGCCUCGCGAGGAGAAGUUGUUCAAACUCUCACAAACAAUUUGGGGUGAUAACAUAGUUGACAAAGAAAAGAGAGCAGCCAAGGUUGAUGACGAUCCGCCGAAAGCUGGUAAAAUGAUUGUUGCAAAAGAAAAAAACAGUUUGUGUGGUGGUAAUUCAGGUUCGAGUUUGGUUUUACACGGAGGGAAUGCGGCUGAUUUAGAAGAUUGGUUUAGAAGGAACCCGGGGUUGAUUAGCAAAGAACAAAGACAUGAAAUAUUGAAGAAGUCGCAUUCCAUGAAGAUUUCUAGGGCUGAACACCAUUUGGAUGAGAUAACACUGAUGGAGGAACAAGUGAACUUGAUGACUGAUGCUCUGAAAGCUUCUCAGGAAUGA